AUGCACCUCCAAACCCUCCUCUCCCUCCUCCUAACCUCCGCCUCCCUCGUCGCCGCAUCACCGAAUGCUGCUGCUGCUGCUGCCCCGGCAGCCACGACGGCAGCCAGCGCAGGGGAUACAGCGCAGUGUGCGAAGAGUAUCCUCGACGCGUGCCUGAAACAACUCCAACCGCAGAUGGACGCCUGCGCGCAGAACGACUGGGAUUGUCUGUGUACGCAGAGUCAGAAUGUUUUGACCUGCUACAACGACUGCCCCUCCGACCCGGGCCGCUACACCGUCACCCAGCAACAAGUCCCCUACUGCAACGCCGCCCAGGCCAACUCGCUGCUGUACUCGACCUCCACCAAGGUGACGAAGACCUCCUCGGCGACCACGACGACCGCGCCCACCACCACCGCCGCGGCCAAGACGACCGCCGCGUCGGCCACGGCCACGGCGGUCGAGUCUUCCGGGGCGGCGGGUGCCGGUGCUGCUGCAGCUGGAUUGGAGCUGGGGUUGGGGGUUGCGGCGGUGGCUUUGGGGCUGUGGGGGAUUUAG